AUAGUCUUCUUCACUUCCAAGUUCUUCCAUAUCCCCUGUUGUAUCUCUCUGAACUCUACCACCGCCAUGGACAAAGAACAAGAAGAUAUGCGAUUAUUAGGUUUGUUUGGGAUAUACAAAGAAUCCUACAAAGUAAUCAUCUCAAAGCGAAAGAUCUUUGGCCAGAUUACUCUCGCCCUAAUUCUACCUCUUUCCUUGAUCUAUUUCGCUCAUAAACAAGUCACCACACUACUCAAAAAUCGAAUCCACAAUCAGACCUCGCUCGAGCUAGAAGAGAAUUCCUCCAAUACAUCCUUCACCAAUCGGAUCUCCACCGAAUGGACCUGGUAUUGGAUCUCUAAGAUCAUCUACUUCAUCUUCUUCCUCCUCUUCUCUCUUCUCUCAGUCGCCGCCGUUGUUUACACUGUUUCAUCUAUCUACGCUCGCCUUGAUCUUUCCUUCCGCAAGAUCAUCUCAGUUGUCCCCAAGGUCUGGAAGAGGCUAAUUGUUACAUUCCUGAGUAUUUUAGUGGCUUUCUUCAUAUAUCAUGUCGUUUUCCUCAUCUUUUUUGGGAUGUGGUUGGCCUUUCUGGAAUCGAAGGCAGAUUCCACAGCAGUACUGACUGUAAUCCUCAUUCUAUACUCAAUUGGAUUUGUUUACUUGAUCCUAAUAUGGCAACUGUGCGCUGUCAUUUCUGUUCUCGAAAAUAUAAGAGGAUUUGGGGCAAUGAAAAAGAGCAAGCAAUUGAUCAAAGGCAAACUAUGGUUAGGUUUUGCGAUUGUCAUACUACCCAUCCUCGAGCUGAUUGCGAUCCAAGUUAUAUUCGAGAUUCUGGUGACGCAUGAUUUGUUGGGGUUGGCGGGUAGGAUCUCAUUUGGUCUGCUAUGUUUGGUGCUUUUGAUGAUUUUGACUUUGGUUCAAUUGGUGAUCCAAACUGUUGUUUAUUUCGUAUGCAAAUCAUAUCAUCAUGAAUGUGUUGAUAUGUUGGCUUUGUCGAAUCGUCUCGAGCUUUAUCUUCCGGGUUAUGAGCGGUUGAGAAGCGAACGAGAUGUUCAGAUGGAACAGAUCCGCGUUUGAAUCCGCAGAAACAUGUUGUGAACUUAGCACUCUUAUGUAACUAUUUAAGUAUAAUAUAUUAGGUAUGUAUUAUUAUUAUCUUAGUUUACAUAUUUGUUUUUAAUAAAUAAAUU